AUGCGUGCAGCCGUGAAAAGUGCCUCUCACACCUCAGCAGCAGGUGAUCCGUCGCCUGAUGUUGUGUAUCGUCCGCGUGGUGAGUCACCACGUGCGUCAGGUACACCUGUUGCGUCUGCAGUAGGUACCACGAGUCGUUUUCAAGAUGGGUCUGAGAUAGAGCUCAUCUAUUCCGGCGAUUUGGAUGAUGCAUCCGACUCGAAGGCGACACCUCACUCCUCGGGAUCACCCGGGGCGGACGCUGCAAAAGCCAGGCUGACUGGCUCUGGUCAGCGCGGCAGUCUCAUGACCGAGAUCUUCGGAUCGAGUGAUUACUCCGAUGAGUCUCCGCCUCACGCAAGUCAAUCCAACGAUAGGACACGUGGGAAUGGUGGUGAUGCACCUUAG